UUUUAUAUCCGGAUUCUCCAAGCAAUUCUGAGUUCCACGGUUCCCGACGCUGUCGGCACAUGCGCGACGGCCCUGCUCCCUCUUCCUCCUCCUCCAGUGGCUUCCACCGUCCGGGCAGCCACCGCCACCGCCGCCCAGGAGUCAGGAAGUUCAAGAUGGCCGCCGCGGAGGCUCAGUCGCUGCGGGAACAGCCAGAGAUGGAAGAUGCUGAUAAUUCUGAAAAGAGUGUAAAUGAAGAAAAUGGAGAAGUAUCAGAAGACCAAUCUCAAAAUAAGCACAGUCGUCACAAAAAAAAGAAGCAUAAACACAGAAGUAAACAUAAGAAACAUAAACAUUCUUCAGAAGAAGACAAGGAUAAAAAACAUAAACAUAAGCAUAAACAUAAGAAACACAAAAGAAAAGAGGUUAUUGAUGCUUCUGACAAAGAAGGUAUGUCUCCAGCAAAAAGAACUAAACUUGAUGAUUUAGCUUUGCUGGAAGACUUGGAGAAACAGAGGGCCUUGAUUAAAGCUGAACUUGAUAAUGAGUUAAUGGAAGGAAAGGUCCAGUCUGGCAUGGGGCUCAUAUUACAAGGCUAUGAGUCUGGCUCUGAAGAGGAGGGGGAGAUUCAUGAAAAGGCACGAAAUGGAAAUAGGUCUAGUACUAGAUCUUCAAGUACGAAGGGGAAACUUGAACUUAUGGACAAUAAAAAUAGUACAAAAAAACGAAGUAAAAGCAGAUCCAAAGAACGGACUAGACAUAGGUCUGAUAAAAAGAAAAGUAAGGGAGGUGUGGAAAUAGUUAAAGAGAAGGCGACGAGGAGCAAGUCAAAGGAGAGGAAGAAGUCCAAAAGUCCCUCCAAACGAAGCAAGUCUCAAGAUCAGGCAAGAAAGUCCAAGUCUCCUACCCUCAGAAGGCGCUCUCAAGAGAAGAUUGGGAAGGCCAGAUCUCCUGCCGAUGACAAGGUGAAAAUUGAAGAUAAAAGUAAGUCAAAAGAUAGGAAAAAAUCCCCAAUUAUAAAUGAAAGUAGAAGUCGUGAUCGAGGCAAAAAAUCUAGAUCCCCAAUUGACUUGAGAGGUAAAUCCAAAGACAGAAGGUCACGGUCCAAAGAGAGAAAAUCGAAAAGGUCUGAAACUGAUAAAGAGAAGAAGCCAAUUAAAUCUCCCUCUAAAGAUGCUUCCUCUGGGAAAGAAAAUAGGUCACCCAGUAGAAGACCUGGUCGUAGUCCCAAAAGAAGAAGUUUGUCUCCGAAACAACGUGAUAAGUCAAGAAGAAGUCGAUCUCCACUCUUAAACGAUAGAAGGUCUAAGCAAAGCAAGUCACCUUCUCGAACUCUGUCUCCUGGUAGGAGAGCCAAGAGCCGAUCCUUGGAAAGAAAACGCAGGGAGCCUGAACGGAGACGCCUUUCUUCGCCAAGAACACGACCUCGAGAUGACAUCCUCAGUAGGCGGGAAAGGUCAAAAGAUGUCAGCCCAAUCAGUAGGUGGUCUCCAGCCCGAAGAAGAGCCAGUAGAUCUCCUGUUAGGAGGAGGUCCCGCUCCCCCCUCAGACGGAGCCGAUCUCCCAGAAGAAGAAGCCGGUCUCCUCGGAGAAGGGACAGAGGUCGAAGGAGCAGAUCACGCCUGAGAAGGCGGUCUCGGUCACGGGGUGGUCGUAGACGUAGAAGCAGAAGCAAAGUAAAGGAAGAUAAAUUUAAAGGAAGUCUUUCUGAAGGAAUGAAAGUUGAGCAGGAAUCUUCAUCUGAUGAUAACCUUGAAGACUUCGAUGUUGAGGAGGAAGAUGAAGAAGCCUUGAUAGAACAGAGAAGAAUACAAAGGCAGGCCAUUGUUCAGAAAUACAAAUACCUUGCUGAGGACAGCAACAUGUCCGCGCCGUCUGAGCCCAGCAGCCCCCAGAGCAGCACCCGUACCCGCUCUCCCUCCCCGGAGGACGUCCUGGAACGCGUCGCUGCCGACGUCAAGGAGUAUGAACGGGAGAACGUUGAUACGUUUGAGGCCUCAGUCAAGGCCAAGCAUAAUCUCAUGACAGUCGAACAGAAUAAUGGUUCAUCUCAGAAGAAGCUGUUGGCGCCCGACAUGUUCACAGAAUCUGAUGAUAUGUUUGCUGCGUAUUUUGACAGUGCGCGUCUGCGGGCUGCUGGCAUUGGAAAAGAUUUCAAAGAGAAUCCCAACCUCAGGGAUAACUGGACUGAUGCAGAAGGCUAUUAUCGUGUGAACAUAGGUGAAGUCCUGGAUAAGCGUUAUAACGUGUAUGGCUACACGGGUCAAGGCGUGUUCAGUAACGUGGUCCGAGCCAGGGAUAAUGCGAGGGCCAACCAGGAGGUGGCCGUGAAGAUCAUUCGGAACAACGAGCUCAUGCAAAAAACUGGUUUAAAAGAACUAGAAUUCUUGAAAAAAUUGAACGAUGCUGAUCCUGAUGACAAAUUUCAUUGUUUGCGACUCUUCAGACACUUUUAUCACAAACAGCAUCUCUGCCUUGUGUUUGAGCCUCUGAGUAUGAAUUUACGAGAGGUGUUAAAAAAAUAUGGUAAGGAUGUUGGCCUUCAUAUUAAGGCUGUACGAUCCUAUAGUCAGCAGUUGUUCUUGGCACUAAAACUCCUUAAAAGAUGCAAUAUCCUCCAUGCAGAUAUCAAGCCAGACAACAUCUUGGUUAAUGAAUCAAAAACUAUUCUAAAGCUCUGCGACUUCGGGUCGGCUUCACAUGUGGCGGAUAAUGACAUAACACCUUACCUUGUCAGUAGAUUUUAUCGCGCCCCCGAAAUCAUUAUAGGUAAAAGCUAUGACUAUGGUAUAGAUAUGUGGUCCGUAGGCUGCACCUUGUAUGAACUCUACACUGGAAAGAUUUUAUUUCCUGGCAAAACCAAUAACCAUAUGUUGAAGCUCGCCAUGGAUCUCAAAGGAAAGAUGCCAAAUAAGAUGAUUCGGAAAGGCGUAUUUAAAGACCAACAUUUUGAUCAAAACCUCAACUUCAUGUACAUAGAAGUUGAUAAAGUAACAGAGAGGGAGAAAGUUACUGUCAUGAGCACCAUUAAUCCAACUAAGGACCUGUUGGCUGACUUGAUUGGGUGCCAGCGACUUCCUGAAGACCAGCGUAAAAAAGUGCACCAGCUGAAGGACUUGUUGGACCAGAUCCUAAUGUUGGACCCAGCUAAACGGAUUAGCAUCAACCAGGCCCUACAGCAUGCCUUCAUCCAGGAGAAGAUUUAAGCGAGAUGAAGAAGCCCCAAGGGUUUGAGUAAUUAAAUACAAAGACUGAAGAAAUUUCACAGCAGUUUAUUAAUGUAUAUAAACUUAUAAAUAUUUCUCCUGCAAAUUUGAGGAAGCAUGAUAUAUUUGAAUUAACACCAAGGGUGAUAUUUCUUUUAGAAAUGUUAGUUAAUCUGUUUUGUGUCUUAUGUGAAAUUUCACUGUAGAAAUGUUUUAAUUGCCAAGACUGCACAGAAUUACAGUGCUAAUGUAAAUGGUUGCAGUUCACAUAAAAGACAGAAGCAUCUGUUAUAAAGCAAGCAGUAAUACUGGGUGGUUGAUUUAUUUUUAGCAAACUUGGCUUCGUUUUGGUCUCCAGGUAAAAAGGCCAGCGUAAAUGCUGUUUAUAUUCACGUUUUCCUAGGUGUGUGUGUGCAGGCCACAGCAGCAUGCCCUGGGUAGUCAGUGCCGAAGGGGCCUGUUCCUUCUUGAGCCUGCCUGCAGGGAUGGUCUCCUCUUUUAAAGCAGGUUGUGUACAACAUUCAGUACACUGAAGGUAAGCUAAACCAUCAACAUCACUGGUGUUUUAAGAUGUUAUUUUAUUGGAACAAUUGACAAAUGAGGGAUAUUAGCUUUGUGGCAGAAUUCCCUGCAUGUGUGAUAACUGAUCUUGUUUUAUUUUUUGGCAUUGCAACUGUGGCAUAGUUACAAUUUCUGUUCUGUUCAUCACAUUUAAAAUUUGAAGAGUAUGCGCUUGAUGGAUAGAGCGCCUUCAGUGUACUGUUUCUUAUUAACUUUAAUUUUUUUUAAAUCAACUUGCUAUAGACUUUAUAUACAUUUUGUUUAAAUACAGUUCUUAGUGACAUAGAAACAAUGCGUAGUUUUCAUUUACUAAUAACAGAUGUUGAGGCCUAAUUCUGGAAGUCCUCAUAUUUAAAAGUUAGAUAGACAACAUAGUGAAAUUUUUAACUAUUUGUAUGUCAUUUUGAAAGUGUACUGCUUUAUGGUAAAAGUGUUUUUCAUUUGUUCAUUGUUUUCAUUAUUUGUGAUCAUGUUGUCUUUCAAUACAGGCAUAAACCUUCCACUCUUGAACAAAGCAGCUGCUUUUUAAAAGCGGUAAUUGCUUCUUUACCUUUUAUUUCUUUUGUAAAUGAAGCUUUUCUUUAAGGAUGUGACUUUAAAGUGUUGUCUAUUGCAUAAAACAGUUGACACUCACUUAUUGUAAAGUGAAGAUUGUUCUACUGCAUGUGACGGUGGACCAUGCAGAUUUCUGUAUGUUCUCAGUAUGCAUCACUAGGUAAUAAAGUCUUUUGUGAACAAGGCAUUUGUAGCCAUUUUUAAAAGUUUUUGUCUUCAGUGCUGGUAAGUCAGGUAAACGAUAUAGAGUUAAAAGCAACCUUGCGUUUCUUCCUUUAAGUCUUUAACUGAAAGAAUUAUUUGUUAAAGAUGUAAACCUAGCCAGAAGUUUAUCAUUUUAUUAAUAAUUAGGAUCCUAAUUAUUUCAUCAAAAAAUUCUACCAGUAUUGUCAGCUUUCAGUGUAGUGAGGUAAUUCCUGUAGGUUAUGGGGUAUAAUUCAGGAUUUAACUAAUGUUUCUGCUAUUUUCUCACUUUUCCUUCUGAUGGUGCGGAAAGAGAAAAAGGAAAACGGGGCACAGGCCACUCACCGCCUUCUCCAAGGGGUCUGAUUUGCUGAGACACCAGCUUCACCUUCUUAACAAGGUGCAGCUCAGUGGAAGAUGAUGACACCAGAAGACAUGAGCUAAGGGUAAGGGACUGUUCUUCUGAAGAAUCUUUCCAUUUAGUGAUCAAGAUAUGGAAGCUCAUCUCUGAAAAUACUUGACAUGUAUCCUAAUUAUUCCCAGUGUCAUUUGAAUUGUAAGUUGCAUUUCAGCAGCAAUGUUCCCAGUUGACUUAUUAGGAAAAUGUAAUAAAAUGUGCCUCUUGUUACCA